AUGUCCAGACACGAGCCGGUUGACCUUUUGGGCGACCUCCCGCCCGAGAUAUUGCACCUAAUCGCUCAACAAAUCAUCUCCGCUCGAGACUUGAACGCUUUCGCUCGAACGAACCGCUAUUAUUACGAGAUUUUCAACUCACAUUUGUAUGUGCGCGAUAUAAAACGCAAAAAGCGACGACCUGCGAUUGUCUGGGCUGCAGAAAGGGGCCGGGAGGAAACAAUGCGCGUGGCGCUGAAGUAUCACAAUCCGCUGAAGAAAACGGCACCACUGAUUGUCGCUGUUGAGAAUAACCAAGACCGGAUUGUGAAAAUACUUCUACAGAAGGAGGGGGUCGAUAUUGAGGCUACGAAUAAACACGGGGAUACGCCGCUGGAGAUCGCCGUGCAAAAGGGCUACGCGUCGAUUGUGAAGCAGCUCCUGGAUGCGGGAGCAAGAGUACAGUCGAGGAGAACAACAAGGAGACUACAUUACUUGGUCUGUGAAUCGCUUCUGUGGCAAGCAGUUAGAUAUAGGCACCAAGAUGCCGCGCGACACCUGAUCCAAUCCGGUCAGUUCGAUGUCAAUGAAGGGCCUCAUGGCUGGUACCAGUACGUUCUCACCCUGGCGAUCUCGAGCCGUCAAGAUGAAAUCAUCGAGGACCUCCUCAUCGCCGGAGCAGAUCCAACCCUGGAUCAGCCGGCAUUGGUCCAUGCAGCUACAUGUAACAAUCCAUUCGCUGCGCACCUUCUUCUCAACUACGGAGUUGAGCCGAAUGAGUGCUAUUCCGUGCAUGACCGGCGGACGCCAAUCUUUUGCGCGAUAUUCAGCGCGGCUCUGGAGACAUUGGAGGUCUUCAUUGAUUGCGAGAGAGUAAAUGUCAACGGUUUGAACGCCGAUACUGACACGCCACUAACAUACGCCAUUGACUGGCGCCAACCUUGUCUUGCGCAGCUCCUACUACGCCGGAAAGACCUAAAUGUCAAUCUGGCACUUCCCUUUCCUCGCGCAAUACGGAAGGGGUAUACAGAUCUGGCACGGAAUCUCCUUGGCACUGGCCGGUUAAACGACUUGUCUAUAGCCGAAGGUUUUGCGGCAGCCGUUGAGACAAAUAACCUGGAUAUCACGCUACUCCUAUUGGACAGGGAAAAGGUUGAUGCAAGUAGUGAGCAUUUCUUUCGCCGCGCCAUUGAACGCGGUCAUGUCAUUGUCGCAGAAGCUCUCCUUGCUCACGGACACUUGAAUCAUGAGUCAAAAUCAGAGGGUCUCGCGGCGGCGAUCACGCGGAACGAGGCGAGCACGAACAGGUUGAUUCAGUUGAUUCUCGAUUCUGAUCUGGACCUCAGCAAGCAGAUCGCGGAUGACGCAAUACCGAUACCGUUAGCACAAAAUUGUGCGGUCAAGAAUGCUGGGGCUUGA